GUGGGCCAAAUUGCCCCGCGCUAGCUGCCUGAGCAACGGGCGGGCAACGCGGUGGCUGGUGAGGCGGCAACUGAAGGCGGUGAGGGCAGUUUUAAUUCUGCCCAAUCACGCCAGACUCGAACUCGAGUCUGUCUGCGCAUCGGCUCUCGUGUUAUCUCCACGUGACCUUUGCGGAGCUUGCCGCCCCAGCUUUGCAUCUCGAAUUCCGACGCAGUUUUCCUGACCAGACGUUGAUAAUUGAGAGCCCGAACCGCGAAUUCGACGGGGCCACCUGGGAAUUCCGCUAUCAUGGCCACACUCGCAAACGGCUUGCGGCAAUUUCGAUGCCCAAGCCAACUCGCCCGAGCCCAAUGGCGCCAGCCUGGCUUGGUCCGAUCCAGCUUCCAAUUCGGCCUUCGAAGUCUCACCACCGAAUCGUCUACGCCAAAGCAACCUGGAAUCCCUGAGUCUGCGCCCAUCGGGGUCCCUUUUCAAGGUGUCGAGCAUGCGCGAGCUGUUCCAGUGACACCCUCAUACUUCUCCCGAGAGCCGCAGUUCAACGACCUCUAUAUUCGCAUUUCCCGCCUUUUGACGAAAUACCACCACCUCCCAACACUUCCAGCCAGCGAGACGCCUCAGACACCAUGGGUCAAGCUUGACGAGAUGCGAUCGAAGCUGGGUGAACCAGUCAAGGCCUCGCACUUUGCCAAAGUUAUGCGCGUGGCAAAGCGUCUCAACCUCAUUGAGCCAUCGCUAUUCCCCCAGGAUGUCAAGGUCGCCCUGGACGAUUUCAAGCGAGAUAUCAACCCGUUCCGCAACGUACCGAGCGUCGGUGUUGUCGACAAGCACGGCCGUGCUGUCGGGGUCGGCAAGAGAAAGGAGUCGACUGCCCGUGCCUGGGUUGUGGAGGGAAAUGGCGAGGUGCUCAUUAACGGCAAGACGCUGAGCCAAGCAUUCGGCCGCGUCCAUGAUCGCGAGAGUGCCAUAUGGGCCUUGCAGGCCACGGAGAGAUUAGACAAGUACAACGUCUGGGCACUCGUGGAAGGCGGCGGAGUGACCGGUCAAGCCGAAGCCCUCACUCUUGCGGUUGCCAAAGCUUUGAUCAUCCACGAGCCAGCGCUAAAAACGGCCCUUCGGAAGGCUGGUUGCAUCACGAGAGACCCGAGAACUGUGGAGAGGAAGAAGCACGGCCAUGUCAAGGCGCGCAAGAUGCCAGCCUGGGUCAAGCGAUAAGCAGGAACCGUCAGAAAGCUGACGACGCGGAACCGUGGGACGAGUCGUCGGUGGUGUGGGGGCUCGUGAGAUGGAUGGCGAACAGGCCAAGCGAUGCCGUACGCGACCUGUACUCUACUGUACAAACAAUCGUCAAUGUAGUUUUAGAAUCCCAGGAUUGGCGUCCGGGCCCGAUACUAACGUGCAAUCACCAACAAGUCACAUCUCUUGGGUGUGAGUGUGACUUAUCAUGUAAACGCCAUGGCCGCCUACCAUGUGACAAACGGAUGUUCGUGCGUCGUGCGGGCGUCAAGGCGCUCGGCGUAAUGGCUCUCGGCGUAAUGGCUCUCGGCGUAA